AUGAGACCCAACGAUAUUGACCCCGGCACGGCAGAUGAUACUCCUCCUUCUACAACUCAGGUCUCCGAAACACACAUGUCUUCAGAAUUGAGUAACAAAGAGGAGGCAAUGGCGGCCACGGGUGAAGGUGUUGGCGUGGCAUCAGGUCAGGAUCCAGAAAAGCCAAAUGCCUCUUUCCAACCCACCGCCCGAUUUUGGGCCAUCAUGGCCACCCUCUGUGUCGUCGGUCUUCUUGCGGCCUUUGAAAAUACCGUGGUGGCGAUUGCUCUACCCGUCAUCUCAGAAGAUCUCGGUUUAGGAGAAAACUACGUCUGGGUCACCAACGUGUUCUUCCUGACAAGUGCCGCCGUGCAACCUCUGUUCGGUCAACUGGCCAACAUCUUUGGUCGUAGAUGGUUGACCAUGGCUAUCGUGGCUUUUUUCGUUCUUGGUAGCGGGUUGUGUGGCGGAGCGACCAAGGGAGCGACACUGAUCGCAGGACGAGCCGUCCAAGGCGUAGGCAGCGGCGGAGUCAGUAUGAUCAUCGAUGUCAUCGUCUCUGAUCUGGUCCCGCUGCGUGAACGAGGCAACUACAUCGCCAUCGUCUUGUCUGUUUACUUUGUCGGCAUGUGCAUCGGGCCUUUGGUUGGAGGCGUCAUUGUGGACCACACUACAUGGAGAUGGGUCUUUUACCUCAACCUACCCGUCGGCGGCGUCGCCAUGGUCAUGAUCUUUGUAUUUCUCCAGGUCAAAUACGACAAGGAAAUGUCGUUUUUCCAAAAGAUGAAACGAAUCGACUACGGUGGUAAUUUGUUACUGAUCGGGUCCACCGUUUCGGUUUUGUACGUCCUGACCUACGGCGGCGCCAAGUACGGAUGGUCUCACUGGAGCAUUGUUCUUACCCUGGUGUUGGGGUUGUUGGGAUUGGUCUUGUUCAUGGCAUACGAGACAACCUCGUGGGCCACCGAACCCGUGGUCCCUCCUAGGCUCUUUGCAACCCGGACCUCGGCCGUCGUGUUCGCCGUCACGUUUCUCAACUCGGCCAACCUCUACUGGGUCUUGUUUUUCUUGCCCGUCUACUUCCAGGCCGUGUUGCUGGCCUCACCCACCAGGAGCGGAGUGUACCUGAUCCCGAUCAUUGUCAUAGCCGUGCCGACGGCCAUCGUCGCCGUUCUUCUCUUGACCAAAUUCGGCAGGUACAAGCCCCUUCACCUUUUUGGCUUCGCCGUGUCCACGCUAGGUCUGGGUCUGAUGACUCUCAUCGACGAGCAAACCAGCACCGCGGAAUGGGUUGUCAUAUCAAUGGUGGCCGGAGGCGGUGGUGGUUUCGUACUCAACACGCUCCUACCGGCAGCACAAGCGGGCCUCCCGGAAAGUGACCAAGCCGCGACCACGGCGGCCUGGUCGUUCACCCGCUCCUUUGGGUCGAUCUGGGGGGUGGCCAUCCCGGCCGUGAUAUUCAACAAUCGGUUCAGCGACUUGGCGUGGCGACUCCCCGACGCGACCCUGAGAGAUCAACUGGGCCACGGCAGGGCUUACCAGUAUGCCUCCAGUCAUUUCGUCAAGUCUUUCACGACCCCAGUCGCCGAAGCACUGAUCACAACUUACUCACUCGCCCUCAAACGGGUGUGGGAGAUUUCUAUUGUGAUUUCCGGAGUGGCCUUCCUCUUGACAUUGUUUGAGAAGGAAAUAAAGCUUCGAACCGAACUGGAGACAGAUUACGGUAUGGAAGAGCGUAAAAAACAGGAAUCUCAAGCUUGAGUGUUUUUUUCAUUCAGAAUUCAUUUGGCAAGCUUUCCUUUUCUUUCCUUUCCAAAAAAGCUCGACUUAUCUAAAGCUUCGAGGAAGGCUUUACCAAAUUCGACGCCCCAUUUAGGACUUUUACAGCUUGAUCCAUCAUUUCCUUGACAAUUUCAGCUGCGGUUUGGUUGGGGGUGUUUACCAAUGCCGAGACAACACCCAUUGGUCUGCGGUUGAAAUCAGUCAAAAGUCCAUCUCGUGAUGCUCUCGUUUUGGGGGCGAAGGUAGAAUGUAAUAGAAUUGAGAUGCAGUCAGGAUUGAAAGGAUAGUGAAAAGCAUAC